AUGCUCCACGCAGCUCCCCUGCUUACCUGCUCAGCAGUCGUCCUGCACACACGGUGGUUCCCCAGGACUUUUCCUCCACACAACACUCAGUGGGGCUACCAUGACUCUUCUUUUCCCACCAACAGCAACGACAGUGACUCCAAAUGCAUCUGCACCAACAGCCACUUCCCCAUCUACAUCACCACCAACUUCAGAAAUCACCACAACUGCACCUGGAACAACAAACACUUCUUCACCUACACCUCCACCAACUUCAGUUCAAAACCAUGUGGAGAUAAAGCAGCUAAAUGUAUUGCUCUGCAUCGCAAUUUCACUUGCCUGUGCCCAUAUGGAUUCUACUUUAAAAAUAUGGAUUGUCACAAAGGGAUAAUAUUCCCAGGGCUCAUUACCCUGCAGGAGUCCUACGAUUCUAGCGUUGAACUGCUAAACUCCAUGCAGUAUGAAGAAGUGUUCCUCUCUGUAACAGCAUUUCUACAGAAGGAAAUGCUCUGCAGUGCUACCUCCCUGGCCUCCUUCUCGGAGUUUAGGAACAUUUUCAGAAACGAGACGAGCUUUGGACAGACUGUGAUCGUGGAAAUUCAACCUUUACGAAAAAGCAGGUCAGUGAAUACUCCAAUGAACAUAACACUGAUGAAUAUCUUUGCGGAGAACUCAAAUGUAACAAGUGAAAAAGUUGCUUCAGCAAUAAAUGAAGCAGUAAAAAAUUCAACAGAGGUCACUGAAUACAGAGCUACAACCUAUUGUGCUGUUUUUCAAUGCGAUCUCAGAACCACGGACUGCAGGGAAGCUAUGUAUCCAGAAUGCAUAUGCAAAAGUAAUUACUCAAAGACAGCUUGGGAUGACCGUACUUGUUCAGAUUGCAAUAGUGACUGUUCUGUAACCAACAACAAGUUCUGUGCAAAAGAAAAUGAGAUUCCAACAUGCAAAUGUUUGACCAACUUUGAAACGAAGGAUGACAGAUGUGUGCCUUGUGCAGUGGGCUACUCUGGAGAGAACUGUAAGAACAAUAGUGAACUCAUCCUUAUAAUAGUGGGCACAGUGUUUGGAGCCAUUAUCUUGAGUUUUGUGGUAGCAGCCACUGUCAUUUCGAUAAGAUCCAAACACAAAAAAGAUCCAGAGAGGAAAAGUCUGAUACAGUCGGCAUAUUUAAAUUCAGAAGACUCUGGUAAUACACAGACCAGAAUGUUCCCCAGAGUCCAGACUACUUCUGGCCAUGCAAACCCAGGAUAUCAACCAAACAACCCUUAUGAGAUGGAUAACUCACACAGGAGUAACAUUUUGGAGAGGGAUUACGAUGAUGAGUAUGAAAUCGCACGGGAGCCUGAUGGCUUUAGGAUGCAGCGCAGAAACUAA